AUGAUUCUCACUCAAAAAUAUGUUUUCACCGCACUGGCCUGCCUUUCCUUUGCUGUUAUUCCAGUUGUUCGCUCGGCAACGAUAGAUGUCGUCGUCGGAGGUCCUGGAAUUCUCAAAUAUAGUCCCGAAUUCGUCAACGCCUCGGUCGGAGACAUUAUACGGUUUACUUUCAAGCAAAAGAACCACACUGUUACACAGUCCACCCUGCAAUCACCUUGCUCUCCUAAAGCUGACGGAUUCGAUUCUGAUUUUGUUCCUGUGGCGGAUUCCGUUACUCAAGGUUUCCCGGUGGCUCAAUUCACCGUCGAGAACGCAGACCCCCUUUGGGUGUACUGCCGUCAAGCCAAUCAUUGCCAGCAGGGAAUGGUUUUUGCCGUCAAUCCUGGCGACAAAUUUGAAGCAUUCAAAGCUGCCGCGACCGGCAACACUACUUCUACGACAACUUCGACUUCGACAUCUACUUCUGCCACCAGUACUGCGCCUGCUGGAAGCUCGAAAGAUCACCGAGUAGUUGUCGGUGGCCCAGGCGUACUUGCUUUCCAGCCCGCAAAUAUCACUGCCCAAGUCGGUGAUACAGUGACCUUUGAGUUCAGACAGAAGAAUCAUACUGUUACCCAGAGCUCUUUCAACCAGCCAUGCCAAGCUCUGUCUGCUACCGGUCAACCGGGUUUUGACACUGGAUUUCACCCAGUUGCUGACGGAUCCACCACAUUCCCCACUUACACUAUUCAAGUUAACGAUACCAAACCAAUUUGGGCCUACUGCCGUCAGGCUAACCAUUGCACUAGUGGGAUGGUGUUUAGCGUCAACUCUGUUGAAACCGGUCCAAAUACCUUCGAGGCUUUCAAGUCCAAGGCAAUGGGAAGUAACGGUACCUCUGGUUCCAACAAUCAAAAUGCUGGGAUCUCCACUAGGCUAAACAGUGCAAGCAUUGCGAUCGCCGUCGUCGGGGUGGUUUUUGGCGUAUUGUGUUGA